UCUAAAGUUCCUCCAGCACAAGGCUUUGCAAAGAUCACUUGCUAUGAAGACACCAGAGUAAGCAAGUUUCAGUGGAAUUGGCAUAACUUGUUUCCUUGGUUAACACCGUUGUAUAUCCACAGAUGAACGAUGAUGUAGUUUACCUAUACCCCCAAGUACAACUACCCCAUCAUGAGGUCUACUAAAUUUACUGUAAUGUGUGUUCCCAGAACCCACAGUCAUCAUCCCAUACCAACAUUUCCAAGGAGAGUGGAACCAAAGUUUUCAAGAUGGAAAAUUUGAAACACGAAAAAAGCCAAGUUCAUGUUAGUAUCCUCAAAGCCAAGAAAGCAUGCAAAAAGCCUGAAGAAACUUCCCUUGUCAAGCCUCUUCACAAGGUCAAUGAGUGCUAAUGAUGAUAUAUUAAAAGGACUUCGACAGCCUUCACUGUUGUAGCACUUGAAAGGCCCUUUUUAUGAUUUUGAAACUAUCUGCACACUUCAAAACAUUAAUGGAGCUGACCUUAGAAAAAACAUACACAACAAGAAGUGCCUGCAGUGAAUUUUUGAGCCACAUCAGUGAUGUGAUGAAAGAGGAGGUUGCAGCCAAGCUGAGACAAAGUAAUUUAAUUACAGUUAUGGCUGAUGGUGGAAGUGAUUUUGGCAUUUUAGAAGUCAUCCUUGUGUUUGUGAGGUAUCUUAACUGGGAACUUGGCAGACCAGUGAAUUUGUAACUAGUGAUUCAAGAACCUAAGUCAGGGUCUGGUUCUGAUAUCCCUGAUACUAGAAGCACUUGUAUGACAAAAGUAACAGGACUAGAGAAAGGUGAAUGGAAGGAAAAGCUGGCUGCAUUCAGAAGUGAUGGUUGUGCAGUCAUGACUGGUACUCAAAAUGGCAUUUGGGGACUUCUUCAACAAGACCCAUCAACACAGAACGUUCAGAAAUAUUGG